GGCGGCGGCGGCGGCGGCGGCGGCGGGGACUGGUGGUGUUGGGGAGUGAUGGCGCGGGGCAGCGGGGCGCCGCCGCAGCCCCAGCCGGCCCGUGCCCCCUCGCCGGCAGCAGCGUGACGGCCGGCGGGCGACAUGGAGGGCGAGGAGGCCGGCGGAGGCCGGCGGGGGGGCAAGGAGGGCGGCAAGACCUCGCGCCUCAAGGAGCGGUGGCUGCUGACGCGGAAGACAUGGCGCUACAUGAGCGACGCCGGCAAAAAGCUGUUCCCCGAGGGCGUGAACCCGCAGCGCGCCGAGGACCUGCCGCGCGUGGCGGAACACUUCCAGCGCGUCAACAGCCGCCAGCAGGACUUUAUCCUGUGGCCGCAGCCGCCGAAGACCCCGAGGGCGGCGCGGCGGGCCAGGCAGCGGCUGGCCAGCGCGACCUCCGACACCAGCGAGGACUACGGCGGCGACAGCGACCUCGAGGGAGCCACGGUGGGCCCGCCCCCGAUCCCGCCCCGUGGCCAUGACCCCCUGGGCUGCUCGGCGGGCGUAGGCGUGGGCAUGGGCGUGAGCAUGGGCAUGGGCAUAGGCAUGGGAGUUGGCGUGGGCGUGGGCAUGCCGGCCACUUCCGGGGCCGUCCCCGUGCCCCCUAGUCCCGGCACCAGUCCCGGGGGAUCUUGGGCCCCGCGGGAGCGCCUGGUUUCCCUGGGGGAGUUGCGGUGGGAGGUGCCGCCCGAGCUGUACCAGCAGCUGCUGCGCGCCGCGGGCUCGUGCACGCUGCAGCACGUGGCCUCGCGGCUGCAGGAGGAGCAGCUUACCGAGGAGGACGAGGAGGAGGACGAGGAGGAGGAUGACGAGCCCGAGGACCUGCUGACGGUGGUCAUGCCGGGACACCGCAGCGUGGCGGCGCAGACCGACCCGCUCCUCGACGUGUCCACGCAGACCGACGUCGACGCCGACGCCGAGGAUAUGGUGAAGGUGGGCGCCGAGCCCCGCAGCGUGACGGAGGCGGAGGCGGCGGCGGCGCAGGCCGAGGCGCGUGGCCAUGCCCCGCCGGUGCCUCAGGAGCCCCACGAGCCCUCGGAGGCUCCGUCCCAGCAGCAACAGCAACAGCCACAGCAGCAGCAGCAGCCUCCCGAGACCCCCGAGGUGCCUCCCCAAGGCAGCAGCACGUCCAUGCUGAAGAAGCUGUGGCAGCGGCGGGAGAGUGCCGCCAGCGCCUCCCUCAAGGCGGAGGAAGCGGUGCGGGAUGCUCGGCGGGAGAGCAACACGGCGCGCGGCAGCCAGGUGGCCGCCAAGUUGGCGUGGGCGGAGAGGGCGGCGGCGGCAGGAGGCGGCGCCCCCCCCUCGCCCAAGCCCAAGCAGGACAAGCCUGAGAAGCGCAGCCUGAAGAACGUGUUCAAGCUGGGCCUCAAGUGUGACGUGGAGGGCGGCGGCGGCGGCAAGAAGUCCACGGAGAAGACCAAGGUGGACAAGUUCAAGACCGUCAACUACGACAAGACGCUGCGCAACAUCAAGAGCCGCUGGGUGCCGUCCCCCGAGGACGAGGCGCUGCUGCAGCAGUACCGCCAGCACUUCGGCGCGCGCGACCCCCGCAAGAUCAAGCGCAAGAGCCGCGGCGUGCAGGUGGGCGAGCCGCUGCCGCAGUUCAUCCUGGCGGGCUUCCGCAUCAACGCCCCCGUCGAGAUCGUGCACCAGCGGCGGCGCGUCGGGCGGGGGCGGCGGCGGCUGUCCAAGGCCGACUCGUCCGACCUGUCCAGCAGCGAGUGCUCGGUGAGCGUGCCGCCCUCGCUGCCCACCUCGCCGCGCUACUCCGUCACCGUCACGGACGACGCCGGCGCAGCGCGGGACCUGCUGCUGGGGGAGGCCGAGUUGCUGCGCCUGGCCUCCCUGGGGGUACUGCCCCUGCCCAGCCCCCACCUCAAGCGGCCCAGCUCUGACGCCUCCGUGGACACCAGCGAGAUUGACCUCGAGGCAGCAGGGGGGGCGGCGGGGGGGCCGGGCUACCAGCGGUCCCUGUCUGCCCUGCAGGCCUCGGGGCACCUGGCCCAGCUGCUGGCCAGCCUCAGGCACCGUGCCGCGCCGCCUCAGGUGUCCGGCGGCCAGGGGGGCGGGGGGGGAGCGGGGGGGACGCCGCGGGGCAGUCAGGGCCUCCUACAGAGUCUCCUUCCGGCAGUGAUGCAGCGGACGCGGGCGGCGGGCGGCGGCCACGGCUCCCGCCUGGUGGCCAAGAAGAUGUGGCGCGCCAGGAGCAAGAGUCAGUCCCGAGCCUCGCCGGCCACCACCUCCGUCUGGACCCCCGUGGGCGGUAACGCGUGGAGCAGCGUGACGGGUCGGCUGGUGGGCGUGGAGAGGACCUGUCUGCUGCACCUGACGGAAUUGGAGCGCCUCACCCUGCAGCAAGUGGCCCUGGCGAAGCUGCAGGCACUCAACUUGGGCUGUGCCGUGCGUGUGCCACAAGAGCACACGUCGUCGGGGGGUCAGAAGAAGCGGCGACCUUACCUGCUCAAGAGGAAGGCGCUGACCACCGGGAUCUUCGACAACAAAAAGGAAGAUGGGAAAGACGGCGUGGAGGGGGGCCAGGUGUUCGGUCUCUCCCUCAACAAAUGUCUCGAGAACGAAAGAAACCGCUCGCGCGAGGCCGCCGAGAAGGCCGCCCUCGCCGCCGCCGCUGCCUCCACCGCCGCCGCCACCGCAGGGGAAGAGCCGUCCGCCCUGAGCCGGAAGUCCUCGCAGGGGGGAUCCCACGCCUCGUUUUCUUCGUUGAAUGAAGCGACGAAGCAGUCCUCAACCGGGUCUCUUGAAAGCCUAAAUCUGGACCGCAAGAGACCAAGUUUAGCGGGAGGCAGCGGCGGCGGCGGCGGCGGAGGAGGAGGGGGAGGGGACGGUCUCGGCCUCUCCCCCACCCCCCUGUCCCUUGACCUACUGGUGGUUGAGCCCAGCCCCCAAAUCCCGGGUCUGGUCAGCACGUGUCUCCGCUACCUCCAACAAAGUGGCCUUCACACCCUGGGGCUGUUCCGCGUCUCCUCGUCCAAGAAGAGAGUGAGGCAGCUGCGGGAAGAGUUCGACCGCGGGCAGGAGGUGUGGCUGUCGGCGGAGCAGUGCCCUCACGACGUGGCCACCCUGCUCAAGGAGUUCUUCAGGGACCUGCCGGAGCCCCUGCUGACGAGGGAGCUGUACGAGCCCUUCAUCAGGACCCAGAAGAUCAGGAACCGGCGUCUUCAGUUCGAGGCCCUUCAGUACCUGGUUCAGCUGAUGCCCGUGCCCAAUCGCGACACCCUCUACUCCCUCCUCACCUUCCUGGCAACCGUCGCGGACCACUCCACUGACCGCAUCUCCGAAACAGGCGAGGUCCUACAAGGGAACAAGAUGGACAGCAGCAACCUGGCCACACUCUUCGCGCCCAACAUCCUGCACGCGGUGAGGGCGGGGGGCGGGGGCGGCGGCGGCGGCGGGGGCGAGGGCCAGACCACGCAGGAGAUGGCCCAGCACGCCGAGGAGGUGAUCAGCGUGGUGCGGGCCAUGAUAGACCACAACAAGGCGCUCUUCGAGGUGUCGGCGGAGCUCCUGGACGAGACGUACCAACACCUCAUGGACAGUCACCCGGAGGCCCUGGACGUGUUGCUGAGACGACGGUGCGGAGGCCACGACGAUCGGGGGCAGCACCUUCAGGAGAUGCUCGCCUGCCUAUUUGACCCCAACAGACCCAGGGACUCACUCUGCCAGGCCCUGGACCUGGAGGUAGACACAGCCAGCAGCAUCUACGAGGGCAGCGAGUGUUCUUCCUCCCUGCCGCGCUCACCCACAGACCCGCACCUCCACCACGACUUUGACAGGCGCCGGCUGGAGGAGUACGAGGAGUGUCGUGGGCGGCGCGGCGGCGAGGAUCGUGGGUGGUUCAGGCGUCGGGAGAAGUCGUCGUCCCGGGAGCGUGAGGAGCGACACGGCCAGCAGGCGAUGCAGCAGCAGCACCAACAGCAACACCAGCACCAGCAGCACCAACAUCAGCAGCACCAACACCAGCAGCACCAACACCAGCAGCACCAGCACCAGCAGGAGAGCGGUAAGAGCAGCGGCAGCAGGUGGUUCAGGCGCCGCGACAAGAGCUGCGACGAGGCGGCGGCGAGACGGCGGAUGGCGGCGGCGGCGGCGACGGCGGGGCGGCACAUGGAGGGCCCCGAAGAGGUGGAGGCGUCCCUCCGUGUGCCUGAGGGCGCCGCGUCGCGCCGCCUGUCCUCGCCGGAGAUCGACCGCGCGGGCGUCAUCACCGCCUCGCUCCGUAUCCCCGUGCCGCUCUCCGCGCCGCCCCGUACCCACGAGGACGCCGCCGAGGCCGCGCGCCAGCGGAGCAGCGGCCACCGGGGCGGGGCGGGCCACGGGGCGGGAGGAGGGCAAGGGUCGGCGGGCUCGGGGUCAGGCUCGGGGUCCGGGCGGCAGCGGUCGGGGAGCAGCGACUCGUACCUGGGCCAGGCCAUCACGGCGGCCAUGACCUUCCAGCCGCUGAGCAAGAAGGGCGGCGACCGGCUGAGCCACGACUCCGUACUGUCCUCCUCGUCCGCCGACGCCUUCACGCUGUCCCCCUCGCCGCGCAACACCCCGCUGUCUGACCUGUCCGCCUCGGGGGCCUCCUCCCCCCUCAGCAGGACGGGCUCGCCGCCCCCCUGGCUCAGCCCUGACUCAGGCACCCCCGGCCUGUCGCCACCCAGCUCCCCGCCUGUGCAAACCCGCAGGCGCGCCGAGCCCCGCCUCACCACCACCACCGCCUCCUCCUCCGCCAGCACCGCCGCCCGGCCCGCCACCUCGGCCCGCGUCACUAAGCCCAGCCCCGUGGGGCAGCCCCAGGCCCAGGGCGUGUUCCCGCUGGGCCGCUCCCGCACGGCGGACCACAUCAGACCGGAGGCGGAGCAGGCUGAGGGGGGCGGGACCCGGCGGGGGGCUGCGGGGCGGCGCUACACCCGCCGGCGCUACACGGGCGAGCGGCACCCCACGGGGCAGCUGCCGGACCUGAGCGGCGACGGCGCGGCGGCGGGCGAGGCGCACGCCACGCUGUGGAAGCGCUGGGAGAUCAUCGCCUCGGACCCCACCGAGCCGGAGACCACCGUGUGACCCGCCGCGCCGCCCCCGCCAUCCCCGCGCCCCGGGCACCGCGCCCUGCCCUACACGCUGCCGGGGAUGGGGCGCCGCCACGCCCCGCCCCACCCCGACCCUAUCCGCCCCGCCCCGCCGUGGCCUAACUAGGAGGCUGCUGCCCCGGAGCCACGCACCGAGCAUCAGAAGCCGAGCCUGAGACCUUGCUGCGAGGCGCCGCGCAGACAGACCCGCAGCCCCACCACGCCCGGCGGUGCGCGGUGCUGUCAUCGGUCAGCCCCGCGCCGCCCUGCGCCGCCCCGCCCCGCCCGGAGCCCGAUGUCAAGACAAGACGACUCGACACGACAAGGCAACACCAAGCAGUGACACGCCUUCAAACCUGACAGUGCCUCGCCCAUUUACACAGCAGUGCCUGGCAGUGCCACGCCCACCCAGCCCGCCGGCAGUGCCAUGCUCACUUACCUAUCAGUGCCUGGCAGUGCCACGCCCACCCACUCGGCAGUGCCAUGACUACUUACCCAGCAGUGCCUGGAAGUGCCUGGCAGUGCCACACCUACCCACUCGGAAGUACCACGCCCAUAUACCCAGCAGUGCCUGGCAGUGCCACGCCCUUUACCCGUCAGUGCCUGGCAGUGCCAUGCCCACCCACCCUGGCAGUGCCACAUCCGCUUGCACACCCUGCCAUCCAGCCACACACCCAGCAGUGCCUGGCAGCGCCACGCCCACCGACACACCCGCUAACCCAGCCACGCAGCGGCAGUGCCACGCCCUCCCAGCGGCAGUGCCGGGCAGUGCCUUGAACAGACUCAAACACCGCCUUGACAACACUCUCUAUCUAUGUAUUACUCUAACUCACUGACGCAGGAACAACCACCUUGUGUUGCACCGAGGGAACAGCGUGUGUGUGUGUAUGUGUGUGUGUGUGUGUGUGUGUGUGUGUGUGUGCUGUGCUUGCGCGUGUGUGUUCGUGUGUGUGUGUGUGUGUGUGUGCGCGUGUGUGUGUGCGUGUGUCUGUGUGUGUGUUUGUGUGUGUUCGUGCGUGUGCGCGCGUGUGCUCGCGCGAGGGCCCCAACACAGCCCCUCCCAACACACAGUUCCCCAGGGGGCGCCUCUCCCCGUGCCUUAAGCCUUUUCUAUACAUAAAUGUACAAGGAGGAUAAUAAUUAUAUAUUUCAGAG